UUGACAAUGAAAAGGUUGAAAAUAAAAAGGUUGAAAAUGAGAAAGUUGAAAAUAAAAAGGUUGAAAAUAAAAAGGAAAAAGAGCAAAAUUUAGAGAUAAAAACAAAGAAAGAUGAAGAUGUGAAUAUUAAAGUUGCAUGCAUAACAACAGAUUAUUCUAUGCAGAAUGUUUUGUUACAAAUGGGUUUGAAUUUGGUCUCCGUUGAAGGAGCUAGAAUCAAAAAAGUAAAAAGUUGGGUUCUUCGGUGUCAUGCGUGCUUCAA